AUGUGUUUUUGGAUGAAAAGAGAGUUGGACGUCUUACAAAUAGAAAAUAGGGAGUUGAAGCGUGAGUUAGAAGAAUUGAAAGUAGGACAUUUGGCAAGAAAUAGCGGUAAUGCUAGAGGUUCCAUUGAGUGUCUUAAAGGUAAGGGGAUGCCACCAGUUGAGAGUCCUUCAAGUGAGUUUAAACAGUCGAGGAGCAAGAAGAGCUGUAAGGGAGAAGAAAAUGGGAAUGGGAAGAAAGUGCUGAAGAGGAAUGGUACCCAGCCGGUGAUUUGGAGAAUGAGUUGCAGAGAGCUAUUAAGGCCGCUUCUGCUUCAUGAAUCAUGA